CUCAAAGAUAUUAUUAUACCCAAAAAGCCUUCACGUAAUUUCAGCUCUCCUUGGGCUUCACACAGCCACCCUUCCCAACCAUGACCGUUUCCAUUUCCUCUAUAUAUACCCCCCACAUCUCACAUAUUCCCCUCUCUGUCCCCACUCAGUUUUCAAAGUUGCCAAAAUCUAAACAUUCAAUCCUCCUCUGCUUCUCUUCUCCACCAGAUAUGGAUGCCGCAGGUGCCACAACUCUCUACCCUUUGCACCGUUCGAAAACUAUUCACCUGGUGAGGCAUGCACAAGGGAUUCACAAUGUGGAAGGAGAAAAGGACCAUUCGGCUUACAUGUCUUUUGAUCUUUUUGAUGCACAUCUUACCCCUCUUGGCUGGCAACAGGUUGAUAAUCUGCAAAAGCAUGUUCGAGCAUGUGGACUUGCAAAAAAAAUUGAUUUAGUGAUCACAUCUCCUUUGCUAAGGACCAUGCAGACAGCAGUGGGUGUCUUUGGUGGUGAAGCAUACACAGAUGGGAUAAAUGUACCUCCUCUAAUGGUUGAAAAUGCUGGGAACAGCAGCCAUGCUGCAAUUUCAAGUCUAAACUGCCCACCAUUUGUAGCAGUUGAACUAUGCCGGGAACAUUUGGGUGUUCAUCCAUGUGAUAAGAGAAGAAGCAUUAGCGAGUAUAGGCCUCUCUUCCCUGCAAUUGAUUUCUCACUGAUAGAGAAUAAUGACGACAUUUUGUGGACGCCUGACAUAAGAGAGAAGAAUGAAGAAGUUGCAGCUAGAGGACUGAAGUUUUUGAACUGGUUGUGGACGCGUAAAGAAGAGAAUAUUGCAAUUGUUACCCAUAGUGGAUUCUUGUACCACACCUUGAGUGCUUUUGGAAAUGAUUGCCAUUCAUCCAUUAAGAGUGAAAUAUCCACGCACUUUGCCAAUUGCGAGCUUCGUUCCAUGGUAAUUGUUGAUAGGGGUUUGAUAGGGUCAAAUUCCACCUCAGCAACUAAUUAUCCUGGAAAAAUUCCUCAUGGGCUUGAUCUUCCUAGCGAUGUCGCAGAUGAGAAGCAUCCAGUUUCCAAGUAAUCGUAUCCCAUAAUGAUGGAUUUAGGCAUCAUUACCUAAAAUGGCUGUUCUGGUGCCUGAUUUUCAGUGGCCGGUGGAGAUAACCUUUUCUUGAUUAUUUAUAUAGGGAAAACAAGGAAUUUAGUGUCUUUAUGGCUGCGUAGUCUGUUAGGCAAUUUGAAGAUUAACUUUUGGAGUCUUAUAGAUUUGAAGCCUGUUGAAAGGGUUAUAACUCACGCAUAUGGUUUAACUGGAAUGGUGAUUAUUGAUGGGUUCACAAUGUUAUUGUUAUCCAUACCUUUGAUGAUUUAUCAGGAAUUGGUGAAGAGAUGCACCAAAUGUUACAUUAAUAGUAGGCAAUGCUUAUUCAAUUGUGUUUCUCCC